AUCGUCCUGGUGGAGAGCAUCCCCGAGGGGCUGCAGUUCAACUCCUCCUCCAGCCAUCCCUCCAUCUUCCAGGCCUGGAUGGGCCUGAUGGGGGGGGCGCGCAGCAGCCUGGACAUCGCCUCCUUCUAUUGGACGCUCACCAACGAGGACACCAAGACCCACGAGCCCUCAGCCCAGCAGGGGGAGGCCGUCCUGCAGAGGCUGGCCCAGCUGUCGGGGAAGGUCUCCGUGCGCAUAGCGGUCAACACCCCCCAGGGGAAGCAGCCCACGGACGACCUCCAGCUGCUCAGCCGCGCAGGAGCCGAUAUCCGAACGGUGAACAUGAGGGAGCUCACGUCGGGCGUCCUCCACACCAAGUUCUGGGUGGUGGAUAAGAAGCACCUGUACAUCGGCAGCGCCAACAUGGACUGGAGGUCCCUCACACAGGUGAAGGAGCUGGGCGUGGUGGUGCGGGACUGCGGCUGCCUGGCGGCGGACCUGUUGAAGAUCUUCGAGGCGUACUGGCUGCUGGGGGCGGGCGGCGCCGUUCCCUCGCCGUGGCCGGCCGCCUUCUCCACGCCCUCGCCGCCGGCGCUGUGCGCGGCCGGCCGGACGCCGGACCUGCAGGCCGUCCUCGGCGUGGUGGCGGACGCCCAGAGCUUCAUCUACAUCGCCGUCAUGAACUACCUGCCCACCAUGGAGUUCUCGCACCCCAAGAGGUUAGAAAGUUGGCUGCGGCGGGCGGCGUACGAGCGGCGGGUGCGCGUGCGGCUGCUGGUCAGCUGCUGGGCCCAGACGCAGCCCGCCAUGCUGCCCUUCCUGCGCUCGCUGGCCGCCGUGCAGGACGCCGCCAGCCGGCUGGACAUUCAGGUGAGGACGGCGGGUUCGGCGCUGGUGGUCAACCAGACGGCGGCGUCCCAGGUGGCGCCGACCCUCCAGGCCCAGCUGCAGGCCGUGUUCGAGCGGGACUGGGACUCCGCCUACAGCAGCCCCCUGACGCUUCGCGCCGACCACCGGCUCCCCUGCUAG